UUUCACUUCAACCCCCAUCAUGUCUGAGGAACUCGACGCUGACCUCUACGGCGAUCUCUACGAAAAUGACGCUGGAGAGCCAUCCGAACAGCAGCCAACCGACAAAAACAUCUCCCAGACACCAGCAUCCAGUUCAAAGGAAGAUACGACCGCUGAGGAACCGGAAUACUCGACUCUGGACACGAAAACGACGCCAUCAACUAGUAAUGAACUCCACACCAACCCAACGCCCACUCCAAUGACGACGCUAACAACCCCGGCAACGCAGCAAAUUCCGACAUACGAAGAUGACGCAUCUCCCGGAUACCGAGAUGGUGCCUCUCAAGGCAUGGUGAAUCAGGCAUACCAGAAUCUUGCUGCCGUCGACUCUCGAAGCGUCCGUCCUUCAGAAAUGAAAGACGAAGGGUAAGAAUCAUCUUCCUUUCCCUUAGCCUAAUGCCUUCCAGCGUUCUCAAGGCGCCUACUGUGAAGCCCUUUGCUGUGCUGGCGGACUGUAAUUGGGUAGCCGUAAUUCAGUUUGCAUUGCGUCGUCUACAAAUUAUAGGCUAGGCUAGGCUAUCACAGUAGAGUCCUUGCGGCAUUUCCCUGUGUCCUAGCCUACGUUUUGCUAAUAUCAGACUUCUUUUCUAUAUCAAAUUCGCCCCUCCUCUGCCGCCAUUUCGACUACCGACCUCUUCCCAACCUAUGUUAUUCUUCACAGGAAGAUGUUUAUUGGAGGACUUCAUUGGGAUACCACGGAUGAGGGCCUUCGUGACUAUUUCUCUCAGUUCGGCAAAGUUGAAGCAUGCACAAUUAUGCGAGACGCUACAGGGAGAUCGCGUUGCUUUGCGUUUCUCACCUUCGAUGAUCCGGCCAGUGUAAACAGGGUGAUGGUGCAAGAGCACUUUUUAGAUGGCAAAGUCAUCGAUCCGAAACGUGCUAUACCACGGGAGGAGCAUCAACGUGCUACCAAACUUUUCAUUGGUGGUCUUGCCGGGAGUGUUACUUCCGAGUCUAUGCGAGAGUUCUUUUCGCAAUAUGGUCGAGUGAUUGACUCGACCGUCAUGUUAGACCGAGAGACAGGCCGAAGCAAGGGCUUUGGUUUCGUAUCUUUAGAAAAUGUCGACGUUCGACCGUUCUUGGGAUUCGGGAAUCUUGAAAUCGAUGGAAAACUGAUCGACGUCAAACUCGCGCAACCGCGGUACCAACGCGAGAACUUCAACGAGGACCAACAGUACGACAACGCCGGUGAUGCUAGUGGUGGCAAUUUUAAUGCCAGCCGUACUGCCGCUGGUGGUUUCAACAAUAAUUUCCAAGGCCAGGGUGCUAACCCUGGUGCCAACAUGGCUGGUGCAGCGUUUGACCCACAAGCUCUUGCCGCACUUUAUACGCGGAUGUUCCAGAUGGCGAAUAAUGGGAUGGGUAUGAUGGGUGGUAUGAAUAAUAUGGGUAUGAAUCAGAUGAUGGCGGCUCCGGGUAUGCGGAAUGGGAUGAUGGGUGGUGGAAUGGGAAAUAUGGGUAUGGGUGGCGCGGGAAGAGGUGGUGGUAUGAUGCAGCAACCGCAGGGUGGAGGAGGAGGAGGAGGAGGAGGAGUACAAAAUAUCCCUAAGGGACCUAGGGGGGCGCCAAGUGGACCUGGUGCCGCCUCGAAUGUAGCUGCUGGUGUUGGACCGCAACGAGUGGGUCAGAGGGGUCAACAUGGGUAUCAUCCGUACGCUCGCGACCGUUGAAUGAAGGACAUAACAUGCUGUUAUUUUUUUUUUGCUAUUUUUGGCUGCUCAGUUAUCCUAUGGUGUUAGUGUUUACUAGCUGUAUUAUAGAUGAUAUUAUUUCCCAACCAGUUCAUGAUAAACAU